UAAAAGGAGACUGCCAGGAACGCGCCUCCACCCUUUCCAAAAAUGCCCCGGAAGUGCCUCUGCCCUCAGUAAAGAUGGCGGUAGCCCUUGCCAGGAGGGAGGCGGUGCUGCGCCUGCGCCACAAGUUCGGCGGGGAAAAUGGCGGAUGACAAGGAUUCUCUCCCCAAGCUUAAGGACCUGGCAUUUCUCAAGAACCAGCUUGAGCGCCUGCAGCAGCGUGUGGAAGACGAAGUCAGCAGUGGUGUGGGCCAGGAUGGCUCGCUCUUGUCCUCCCCAUUCCUCAAGGGCUUCCUGGCCGGUUACGUGGUGGCCAAACUGAGGGCAUCGGCAGUAUUGGGCUUUGCCGUGGGCACCUGCACUGGCAUAUAUGCAGCGCAGGCAUAUGCUGUGCCCAAUGUAGAGAAGACCUUGAGGGACUAUCUUCGAUCACUGCGCAAGGGGCCCGACUAGCUCUGGAUCCCAUGAGGGAGGCAGGAUGAAC